GGGCAGCCAAAACCUGGCCAACGUGGAAUCGUCAAACUCCAACGCAAACCAAAAAAAUUGUCCAACUCGCAGUGGAAAGUGCGUGAAACUCAUUUCUCCGUGUAGUUUUGCUUACGUUGGUAACGUUUUGGAAACAAUCCCCCGUCCCCGUGCAAGUAAAAGAUGGAACAAAUCACCAAGUUCUACGAACCCGGCCGCUCGUUCGCCAAGGAUUCCAUCCGACUGAUCAAGCGGUGUACCAAGCCGGACCGUCGUGAGUUCCAGAAGAUCGCUAUCGCCACCGCUAUCGGGUUCUGCAUUAUGGGAUUUAUCGGUUUCUUCGUCAAACUGAUACACAUCCCAAUCAACAACAUCAUCGUCGGAUCGUAAGCCAGCCAGCCCAGCUCCGUGCGUUGACCGAGAGACCAUUCAUCAUCCAGAGGCAGCGUCCCGAUUUCUUCACUUCUUCACCAUGCAUCUGACGACCGAUUCCCCGCUAGCGUGGUCACACUCUUUGCGAGUGAUGGCCAGCUUUCACCGCUAAAUUCCGGAAUGCAACAUCAUCUAUCCCCUAAACAUCCUGGGCGCGACAAAGAGGACGACGGGGGCAACGCUUUGGAGCCUAUCAUCAUUCUUUUACGUUGGCCUUUACUCUAGUGUGUAAUUCCCUGUUUCCGUGUUGUGUGGAGCGCGUGAAUGUAUGUGGUAGCGAUUGCCACGUACUGGUUUUUUGUGAAACCCAAUAAAAUAUUUAUUGUUUCACUGAA